AUGUCGGAAGACCUCGUGGACGAGAUUGAGGCCGUCAACUCCAUCUACGGGCCCGGAUCGCUCGAGCCCGCCGACCGCGACGACGGCUCGUACAUCCUCCGGCUGCCGGGCGACGCGUCGUCGCUCAGGCUGCAGUUCCCGGGGGCGUAUCCGGCCUCGCCGCCCGCGGUGCUGGGCACCCACCGCUCCUCGGGGGGCGUGCGCGGCGCCGGGGCCAGGGACCUGAGGCUGUUCGAGGAGGCGCUGGGGCGGGUGUUCCGCGCGGGCCAGGUGUGCGUGUUUGACGCGGUGGAGGAGCUGCUCGCCGCCCGGCGGGGGGGGGGGCCUGGCGCCGCAGCCGGGGACGCAGCCGGGGACGCAGCCGGGGCCGAGAUCGCAGCCGACGCAGACGCAGACGAGGCGUCGGGCCCGGCGCCGGAGUGGAUCGUGUCCGAGGCCGUGGUCGAAAAGGGCUCGCGGUUCGUCGCGCGCGUCGCGAGGGUCGCGUCGGUGGAGGAGGCGCGCCGGAGCGUCGGGCAUCUGCUGGCGUCGGAUCGGAGGGUUCGCGGGGCGACGCACAACGUGACGGCGUGGCGGAUCAAGGGCGACGCCGGGACGCGGUUCCAGGACUGCGAUGACGACGGGGAGGCGGCGGCCGGGGGAAGGCUGCUGCACUUGAUGCAGGUGAUGGGGGUGUGGGGGGCCGUCGUGGUGGUGACGCGGUGGUAUGGCGGCGUGAAGCUGGGGCCGAGGAGGUUUGCGGUGAUGAAUGCCGUGGCGAGGGAGGGGUUUGUGCGGGCGGGCGUGGCGGGAGGGGAGGGGUGA